AUGUCCGAUUACACCUUCAACCCCAUGCAGGGCGGCGCCAGCUCCUGGAACAGCAAUGCCAGCUAUGCCCAGCAGCCUCAGCAGCCCCAGCAGCAUCACCAACCUCAGCCUCAGCAGCCUCACCACUCCCAGCAACCUCACCAUGCCCAGCAGCACCCAGGUCUGCCUACUGGCCAGCGCCCUCUCCCUUCCUUCUCUAGCCGACCCUCCGUCUACGCCCAACCCAACAUGAACUUCCGCGGGUCCUCGCAGUCGCCUGCCACCGGCCCCGAUGGCCUCUCGACCUCGCCCUUUGAUCACAGCCAGCAGCAAUACGCCGCUCACGAUGCUCACGCCAUGGCCACCGCCGCGCCUCAGCACCAGGGCAUUCUCACCACGUCGCAGUCUCCCGCUCAUUCUUCCCUCGCGCCUCACAACGAAGCCUAUGCUCACACUCAGGCUCACGCCGCUCACACGCGCCCCGGCAGCAACCCCAACUACUAUGGCACCUCGGCGCAAUCGCAGUUGCAGUAUUCCCCCACUCAGCACUCGCCCACGCAUUCUUCUCCCAGCACCGGCAGCCCUGGCUCCCGCAGUCUCGGACCCGUCGCCAGCAACAUGAACUACAACUCCCGCUACAACACCUACGCACUUCCGACCAUGAACGGUACCGUCAUGUCCAACAUGCACCAGCCCGGCAGCCAAAUGUCCAUGAUUCCCGGCAUGAACCACCAUCAAAGCUACGGCGGCCAGAUGAUGUAUGGCGGUCACCACCCGGCCCCUCAGCCUCAGUGUGAGCGACCCUUCAAGUGCGACCAAUGCAUCCAGUCUUUCAGCCGCAACCACGACCUCAAGCGUCACAAGCGCAUCCAUCUGGCCGUCAAGCCCUUUCCCUGCAACUUUUGCAGCAAGAGCUUUUCUCGCAAAGAUGCUCUCAAGAGACACCGUCUGGUCAAGGGCUGCGAGAACAAGGCCGGUGAGGCGUCGGGCUCUUCACCUCGUCGUCAAGGCGAUCGCGAGCGCUCUUAG